CUCAAAUGUGACAAAGGAGUUCAGUUCCCAAAUUUUUUAGUCAUUCAUAAAACAUAAUUUUUAAUAUUUAAGUCAAAUAACAUUCUUGGUACGAUCAAGUUGUAAAUUUUAAGCAUACGUUUGAAUUUUGUAUUUCAUGAUGACAAUGCACAAAAAGGCUGGUCCUUGCAAAGGGCUUAGGCGCAAGACAGGGAUGUCGGAUACUGCGAAAAAAUACAUUGCUGGUAUAAAGGGCAAAUGCAUUGGGAUAAUGGUGGAUGGUAAUGCCAGAGGCAACACCAAGUAUAAUUUGCAUAAGUUGGCGCAAAUGUGUGGUCGAAAGCUUAGACCUGUAGCGAAUCCAACGACAAAGCCAAAAUCCAUAUCUUUCAAAGCAAAACCCUGCGCUAAAGGAAUGACCAACGGCGUAAGUCGUAAACGCAAGGUUAGAAAACAAAAACUCUCAAAACAUAGACAGCAAGCACCCAACUCUUAUAUCAAAUUCUUGCGAGAGUAUAAAACGCGAAAUGGAAUGAUUCCUGAGCAGGAGCUCGUAAAGAGGGCCGCGCUCGCCUGGUGCCUCAUGUCCGAGAAGAUGAAGCGAAAAUAUCGUGCACAGGCCAGGCAGAAGAAAACUUAGAAAGUCACAAAAUUUAUGAUGCUUCGAUCACAAGCAAACAAUCGACGAACUGCGAAAGUCACGAAAUGGAUAACGCUACGAUCAUAAGCAAACUGUAAAUAUACCUUAUUUAAAAUAAUUUAAUCGGUUACUUG